UUGAUCGAGCGAGAGGUUAUUGUUCUUUCAGUGGUCUUAAAGGAAGAUAUUGGCCACAUCAACGUUGCGAGUACUUCGAAGCAAGCUGGAGAAAUACCAUCGAACCGUAACAACUCAGCUGAUCUUCCAACGGUUCGACCGUACACGACAGUAAAGCAUCCUGAAAAACCGUUGGAACUAAAUUGGCGGAUGAAGAUAUCCGAAUUGUUGUCACGUUGCGGUGGCGGUGGGAGUGGAAAACGUGGCAAAAGAAGGAUUAGUCAACCAGCUGUCGAAACACAACGUCAUCUCAGGGCAAAUGACCGCAAAUUUAAUGAACAAUUUAAAUAUGCGGAUAACUUCAUCAAAACCUCAAAAUACAACGUUGUAACAUUUCUUCCAAAGAAUCUCUUUGAACAAUUCCAGCGUCUCGCCAAUUUCUAUUUUCUUGUGUUGAUGGUUUUACAGUUGAUUCCUUGGAUUAGUUCUAUUGUUUGGUAUUCAACUGCUAUUCCUCUCUUCGGAGUACUGGCGUUCAGUGCAGCUAAAGAUGCUUAUGAUGAUAUUCAAAGGCAUCGCAGCGAUAGUCAAGUUAACAGUCGAGUGUCAUACGUAGUAAGGAAUGGGCAGCUUGUUGAAGAAAAAUGGAUGAACGUUAAAGUGGGUGACAUUAUCAGGAUGGAAAACGAUCAAUUUGUGGCGGCAAGGCAAGCUCUUCCAGAAACAUAUGAAAUGGGUGAUAAGCUCAAUCUCAUUGGUGACUUCAGAGGCUCUUUUCACGUCUUACUUACCGAAAACUGUUUUGUUAGCACUACUUUACAGCAUUCUUUGGUGAAUGAAUUUUCGGCGCUCUUUGAUUUACCACUAAGUUUUAUGAUAAUGCAUUGUCAGUAUUUUUUCAAUAUUUCAGGAAGAGAGACCAAGUUGAUGAUGAACAGUGGAAAAACAAAAUUCAAGCGAACCAGUCUGGAUCGAUUCCUUAACAUUCUCAUUAUGGGUAUAGUACUCUUCUUGAUAUCAAUGUGUCUGAUGUGCACAAUUCUUUGUGGUGUAUGGGAGUGGACAACGGGUCGUCAUUUUACGAUUUAUCUCGAAUGGGACCGUUCAAUUGUGCCUAGAGCUGAUGAGAAGUCUUCUCAGCAAAUCGCUAUCAUCGCUUUCCUGAAUUUUUUCUCAUAUAUUAUCCUUCUCAAUACUGUUGUGCCUAUUUCACUUUAUGUUAGCGAUAAAACUGGAACACUUACACAGAAUAUUAUGGCAUUUAAUAAAUGUUCUAUUAAUGGGCGAUGUUAUGGUGAUUUAUACGAUGCGCGAGGUGAACUUGUCGAUAUCACUGAGACAACACCGUGUAUUGACUUCUCAAAAAACAAAUGGUAUGAACCGAACUUCAAGUUCUACGAUCAAACAUUAGUGGACGAUAUUAAUAAAGGACUGCACGAGGUAGCGGAAUUCUGGCGCCUUCUAGCACUUUGUCAUACAGUUAUGCCUGAACGUAAAAAUGGCAAGUUGGAAUACCAGGCCCAAAGUCCAGACGAGGCAGCUCUCACUUCAGCAGCUAGGAAUUUCGGCUUUGUUUUUAAGUCACGUACUGCAAAUUCAAUCACCAUUGAAGUUAACGGCGUCGAAGAGCAUUACGAAUUACUGUGCAUUCUCGAUUUUAAUAAUGUUCGUAAAAGGAUGUCCGUUAUUGUUCGAAAUAGUGCCGAUGAGAUAUUGCUGUAUUGCAAAGGAGCUGAUACUAUGAUUUUAGAGAGAAUAUCGCCGAAUACGAAUGAACUUCUAAGAAAUGCUACUGUUCAGCAUUUGGAUAAAUUCGCCGGAGACGGCUUGCGAACACUUUGCGUAGCCUAUAAGAAGCUUGACGCAGAUUAUUUCUCUGAUUGGCGGAAUCGUCAGAAGGAAGCCGCACUCGAGAUUUUCAAUCGGCAAGAGAAACUGGAUGCGAUCUAUGAAGAAAUUGAAAAAGACAUGACGCUACUUGGUGCAACUGCAAUCGAGGAUAAACUUCAAGAUGGUGUACCUGAAACUAUAGCAAAGCUAGCGAGUGCGAAUAUUAAGAUUUGGGUAUUGACAGGUGAUAAACAAGAAACAGCUAUAAACAUUGGGUAUUCGUGUAGAUUGCUUACCGAAAGCAUGCGUGAAGUUUUUGUGAUUGAUGGUGAGACCGAGAGUGAGGUGACAGUUCAAUUGAAAGCAGUCAAAAGACGCCUUGAAGAAACACUUGGAGCCGAUAUUGUGCGAGGAGGUGGAGAGCAUAAUAUUCGUUUGGCACAAACCGAUAUCGCAUUCAUACAUCCACCAGAUGGUAUCACCAAAAAUGAUAUUAAUGAAAAACGCAACCCAAUUGGUGAAAGUGGCAUAGGAAAUGGUACAACAUUAAAAGAGGAUGACGAUGGUGAAGGUUUUGGCUUGGUUAUUAAUGGUCAUUCACUCACUCAUGCGCUUAAACGUAAUCUCGAAAAAACAUUCUUAGACAUAGGAUGCAUAUGUCAGGCAGUUGUCUGUUGUCGAGUAACACCGCUUCAGAAGGCGAUGGUGGUUGAUCUUGUGAAACGCAAUAAAAAGGCUGUGACGUUGUCGGUUGGCGAUGGUGCUAAUGAUGUAUCAAUGAUUAAGACCGCACACAUCGGCGUUGGAAUAUCUGGUCAAGAAGGCAUGCAGGCAGUACUGGCUUCCGAUUACAGCAUAGGACAAUUCCGAUAUUUGCAACGGCUUCUGCUGGUUCAUGGCCGAUGGUCAUAUUUUAGGAUGGCUAAAUUCCUGCGUUAUUUCUUCUAUAAAAAUUUUUCCUUCACACUUACACAUUUCUGGUAUUCAUUUUUCUGCGGUUAUUCAGCCCAGACUGUUUAUGAUCCUGUUUUUAUCGCAUCUUACAACUUGUUCUUCACUGCGCUUCCAGUACUUGCGAUGGGCGUAUUUGAUCAGGAUUUAGAUGAUGUGCAAAGCAUCAAAUAUGCUAAAUUAUAUAUGCCCGGACAAUACAAUUUGUUCUUUAAUAUGCGUAUUUUCAUAUAUUCUGUACUUCACGGUAUUAUCAGUUCAUUGGUUAUAUUCUUCAUUCCUUAUGGCGCAAUGUAUGACGGAGUUGAUUCAUCGGGUCGUGAUAUGAAUAGUUAUUCAUUUCUCGCUUUUACGUGUUUCACGGCUCUUAUCAUUGUCGUGAACGGACAAAUUAUGUUCGAUACGGCAUACUGGACAGCGUUCAGUCAUAUUGUUAUCUGGGGAUCGUUACUGUUCUAUUUCGGAGUAGCUUUUAUCAUUUAUGAAGCCUUACCAGCCAACGUAGUGGCAACCUCGCAAUCGAGUAUAUCGUAUGGAAUUGCUUUCGAAGCAAUGUCAACGCCUCAAUUUUGGUUGUGUCUGUUGAUGAUUAGUGUCAUUCUUUUACUUCCUGUCAUGGCCAACAGAUUCUUUUGGUUCGAUACACAUCCGUCUUAUGCAGAUCGCCUUCGAAUGUACAAUAAAUUGCCAAAGAGUGUUCGCGAAGAGAAGACUGAAGUGCCAAUGAAGCCAUUCGUGAGGUCAACAGGAGCACGACGAAGUCGUCGUUCAUUACGUUCUGGAUACGCUUUCUCACAUCAACAAGGCUUCGGUGAUCUAAUUGUUAAGGGAAAAUUAUUCAAACAGAUCGAUCAUCUUAAAAGGUUUCAUAUCAGUGUUCCAUUUCAAUUCUAUGAAGAACUUGUUCAUUUUUACCCGGCAUCUGUCAGCUUGAGUCAGUACAUCAUACUGAAUAUCACUGCUUGCAGCGACAAAGAAACAUCAAAUGUACAGUCCAGUCUUCUAACGGCUCCUGAACAUCCUCCUGGACAUAAUAAUUCUUCUAUCGAUGAUAUGAGUCAGUAUCCAGAACGCCAAAGGCACCACAAUACCGAACCCAAGCAUGAAAAUAUUGAAGCAAGAUGUGCAUAUAGUGGAACACCACAAAGCGGAGCAGUGUCGACUGGACCCGAAGAAACGGCAUAUCAACACAAUAUUGUUGUGAAUGCUGACGAAGAAUGUGUAAAAUAUUUGUCCUCUUUUUUUGAGAAUGUUCUGGUCGAUCAUCAAUCAAAAGGUGAUGGUAUUGCACAUGCUCGUUUAUUACCAACUUUAAAUCAGCGACCUCAACAAGUGCUACGAUUCGAUGAUCUGCCAAAUAUUCCAACAACACAUGAUCGCAACCAUUCAUUGCGUGUUCCGAUUCGCGAUCCUACUGACUCAACAAAAACCAGUGAUGGAUUAUCACGACCACUAUUUAGUCGUAAAACCACUCGUGAAACUGAGGUAUAG